AUGGCAGCAUGUGACUGGGUACAGACUACAGGAGAGAAGUUCUGCCGUAAUUUUGCUUCAGUAGCUGCCACUUUACAUAGUCUUACCAGCCCUAAAAAGAAGUAUGAAUGGGAUGAGAGAUGCCAGGCAGCAUUUGAACAUUCAAAAUAUUUUUUGAGUAGUGAGCCAGUCUUACACAGUCCUAAUUUUUCUAAACCCUUCUCUUUGCAAGUAGACGCUUGCGACAAGGGUGCUGGAGGAGUGUUGCUGCAGGAAAUUGAUGGGGUACUCCCACCCAAUGGAUACACCUCCAGUAGUUUCAAGCCUCAUCAGCUGUCCUACAGUACCAUAGAGGAGCUCUUAAGUUUGGUUCUUGCUCUCCAAAAAUUUGAAUGUUAUCUGAUCAUCCACCCUACAAUCAUCCAACAUGCCGAAUUGCAGCCCUCUGGCCUCGAGUUUCCCCAACUAAGAGUAUGUAGGGGCGGUAACAGCAAAUAUAAUUUAAAUGAUCCUGCAUUCGACGGGAACAGUAAAGCGACAGCCAUCGACAGCGUAUUUCGAGGAAGGGUCAUUUGCCAUGAAGGCACAUUUACUUCACUGGAAGGUCUGGAACCUUACGUGGUGACCCUGGGCCAUGGGAGUCCUGGUGUAGCGUUCUUUAACACAGGCACCUGUAGGACAGCAGUAUUAGACCAUUAUACCACGUACUGCAUUCCCGUUGGUUAA